AAAGCUGGGGAGGAAGGCACGUGGGGCUGCUUGGCAGCUUCUGCCAUGCUUGGGUCCAGGGCCUUUUGCCUUCACAGCGCAGCCCUUGUUCACUGAAGGACCAGCCUGUUGUUGGUGACUUGGGGGUGGAGGCAGGUGUCUCAGCAUCCCAGAGCCUGCUGCUGCUGCUGCUGGCUCCAGCCAGAGGGUUUUAGGGUCCCAGUGUCCUGGGGCUGGGGCUCAGGGGCAUCUGAGCUCCCUCGUCUGUCCGGAGAGACCACCAUGGCCACCCAGCAGAAGCUGAUGAGAGCUAUUAGGGUCUUUGAGUUUGGUGGGCCACAGGUGCUGAAGCUACGCUGUGAUGUCCCUGUGCCUGAGCCAAAAGAGAAUCAGGUCCUGAUCAAAGUCCACGCAUGUGGCGUGAACCCAGUGGAGACCUAUAUUCGUUCCGGGACCUACAGCCGGAUCCCAACUCUGCCGUACACGCCUGGCUCGGAUGUGGCAGGGGUCGUGGAGAGUGUGGGAAGGCGCGUGGGGCACUUGAAGAAAGGAGACAGAGUUUUCACCACCAAAACGGUCACAGGGGGCUAUGCCGAGUAUACCAUCGCCUCUGAGCACACUGUUUUCCCGCUGCCAGAGAAGAUGGACUUUGGUCAAGGUGCAUCCAUUGGGAUCCCCUAUUUCACAGCCUUCCAUGCCCUGAUACACAGAGCCCAGGCUAAGGCUGGAGAGACUGUCCUCGUUCACGGGGCCAGCGGAGGAGUUGGAGUAGCGGCCUGCCAGAUCGCCAGAGCUUACGGGCUCAAGGUUUUGGGCACAGCUGGUACGGAGGAGGGGAAAGAGAUCGUGCUGAAGAACGGAGCCCACAAGGUCUUCAAUCACCGAGAGGCCGAUUACGUCCAGAAGAUCAAGGAAUAUGUUGGGGAGAGCGGACUGAACGUGAUCAUUGAAAUGCUCUCCAACGUCAACCUCCAGAAGGAUUUGCAGCUUCUCUCCUUCAGAGGAAGGGUCAUAGUCGUUGGCUGCAGGGGCCCCAUAGAGAUAAACCCCAGGGACACCAUGAACAAGGAAAGCAGCAUCAUUGGAGCCUCCUUAUAUUGCUGCACCAAGGAGGACUUCCUGGAGUCUUCGGCUGCGCUACUGGCUGGCAUGGAGAUGGGCUGGUUGUGGCCAGUGGUCGGGCCCCAGUACCCGCUGGAGAAUGUCGAGCAGGCCCACGAAGACAUCAUUAAGAGCCAGGGGGCUUUGGGAAAGAUGAUUCUGGUCAUAAACUGAUGCUGCCCGGUCCAGCGAGGACUGUGGCUGCUGCAAGAGGCUCUUCUGCCCCUCCCUCUCGAGCCCUUGGGCAUCGGGCAGUGGUGUGAUGCCGUGUCUCUUCCCCUCUGGGCCCUCCCAGGCCUCUCUGCCUUGUCAUUGUCUGCUCAUCAAUAAAGUAGAUUAUUAGCUGUG